AAAUCUCAUUCUAAAGCCCGCUCUUUCUCCCUUUCAGAUUUAUUUCUCCAAUACACAAACCCACAAAGGCAAAAAAAAAAAAAAAAAGGAACCAAAUUCAAAAACCCGAUCUAAACAGUCAUAUAGAUCAACAAAAACAAAGCAAAAAUCAUAUCGAAAAUAGUUUCCUGCGAUUCUUCACCUCUUCAACGAUUUGAAAAAUGUCCGGUCGCCACGAAAGAGAGAAAGGCGUCAACGUUCAAGUCCUCCUCCGUUGCAGGCCAUUUAGUGAAGAUGAGUUAAGGAACAAUGCGCCGCAGGUAGUGACUUGUAAUGAGUUCCAACGAGAAGUGGCUGUUUCGCAGAACAUCGCCGGGAAGCAUAUCGAUAGGGUUUUCACUUUCGAUAAGGUAUUUGGGCCAACAGCCCAACAAAAAGAUCUAUACGAACAAGCAGUGGUUCCGAUUGUGAAUGAAGUCUUAGAAGGUUUUAACUGUACUAUUUUUGCUUAUGGGCAAACUGGUACUGGCAAAACUUACACUAUGGAAGGUGAAUGCAAGAGGGGAAAGGCGGGACAUAAUGGCGAGUUGCCAGCUGAUGCAGGGGUUAUCCCGAGAGCAGUUCAACAAAUAUUUGAUACCUUAGAGGGUCAGAAUGCAGAAUACAGCGUAAAAGUUACAUUUUUGGAACUAUAUAAUGAGGAAAUUACUGAUUUACUUGCGCCUGAAGAAAUUUCAAAAGUUGUUUUGGAGGAGAAGCAGAAGAAGACGUUGCCACUUAUGGAAGAUGGGAAAGGUGGAGUUCUUGUGAGAGGUUUAGAAGAAGAAAUUGUUACAACUUCUAGUGAGAUAUUUACUUUGCUUGAAAGAGGGUCUGCUAAACGUCGAACUGCAGAGACUUUGUUGAAUAAGCAGUCAAGUCGGUCGCAUUCUUUAUUUUCUAUUACAAUUCAUAUUAAGGAGGCGACACCAGAAGGUGAAGAGCUUAUAAAGUGUGGGAAGCUGAAUUUGGUUGAUUUAGCAGGAUCAGAAAAUAUAUCUCGAUCUGGUGCUAGGGAUGGUCGUGCAAGAGAAGCUGGUGAAAUUAAUAAGAGUUUGCUUACUUUAGGACGAGUUAUAAGUGCUCUCGUGGAGCAUCUUGGGCAUGUUCCAUACAGGGAUAGCAAGCUUACUCGAUUACUCCGUGAUUCACUUGGGGGAAGAACAAAGACUUGCAUUAUAGCAACAGUUUCUCCUGCUGUCCAUUGUCUGGAGGAGACCUUAAGCACACUUGAUUAUGCACACAGGGCAAAACACAUAAAAAAUAAGCCUGAGGUUAACCAAAAAAUGAUGAAAUCAACUCUUAUAAAGGACCUUUAUGGUGAAAUUGAACGCCUAAAGGGAGAGGUGUAUGCUGCUCGUGAGAAAAAUGGUGUUUAUGUUCCAAAAGAGCGGUAUUACCAAGAGGAAAGUGAAAGGAAGGCAAUGGCCGAUCAGAUUGAAAAAAUGGGGGUCCUUCUCGAAAACCAUCAGAAGCAACUUGAGGAAUUGCAAGACAAAUAUGUUGCUCAAGUUCGACAGUGCUCAGAUUUGAGUGGCAAACUUGAGAAGACAGAGAAAAACUUGAAUGAAACCAGCAAAUUGCUUGUCAACUCCGAAGAAGAAUUGAAGAAGUGUCGUUAUGUGCUGAAGGAGAAAGAAUUUAUCAUAUCUCAGCAGAAACAAGCAGAAAAUGCUUUAGCACAUCAAGCUUGUGCUUUGAGGUCUGACUUAGAGAAAGCUGUCAAGGAUAAUGCUUUGUUGUUCCUAAAAAUUGGAAGGGAAGACAAGCUGAAUGCUGAUAAUAGAGUAGUGGUUAACAACUAUCAAGUAGAACUUGCCCAACAAAUUGGUUCUAUUUGCAACCUGGUGUCCUCAUUAAUGUCUCAGCAAAACGAACACCUUGAGAGUGUUGAGAAACUCUGUCGUUCUUUUACUGAUACACAUCAAAAGGCAAUCUUGGAUAUGAAGAAAAAGGUCACUGCCGCGAGGACUUUGCAUGUUUCCCAGAUGGAGGCAGUCCAAAAUAUUGUGCGUUUGCACAAGGGUAGCUCCAAUGCUGCCCUAGAUGAAAUUUCAACUCUGGCUGCUUCAAACGCACAUUCCAUCGAAGAGUUCCUCAAAUCCGAGGCUGGAAAAGCAGCUUCAAUAUUUAAUGAUCUUCAGGGUACUCUUGCAACUCACCAGGGAGAAAUGGCUCUUUUUGCAAGGGAGCUACGGCAGAGGUUCCAUGCUAGUAUUGAGCAAACAAAAAACAUUUCUGAUUACACCAAUGGAAUUCUUGAUAAGCUUUCUGAAGAGUCUGUGAAGGUUCAGAAUCAUGCAGUCCAAGCUGAUGAAGUUCAAAUGAAGAGCAUCGCUAGCUUCCAGAAGGUUUAUGAGGAACAAUCAAAAUCUGAUUCCGAGAAGCUUAUUGCUGAUAUGACAAAUCUUGUGUAUAACCAUGUUUGUCGGCAAAAAGAGCUGGUGGAUGCAAGGCUUCUGGAUAUCAGAGAAAGUGCUAUGGCAAACAAAACAUUUUUAGAUGGACAUGUUUCCUCCAUGGUGGGUAUUACAACAGAUGCAAAACGAAAAUGGCGAGAAUUUGUUAUGCAAGCAGAGAAUGAUGCUAAAGACAGUUCUGAUUACUCGGCUGCCAAACAUUGUCGCAUGGAGGCACUUUUACAGCAAUGUGUGUCGACUGCUGAAUCUGCAUUCAAGCACAGCAAAGAUGCUCAGGAAUCUGUAAAUGAGAUGGCUUAUAAACAUGUUUCAGAUAUGGCAUCACUUAUAAGGAAUGCUUCUGAUGCAAAUGAGCAGCAUGACGCCGAGAUUAAUUGUGCCAGGAUUUCAGCUGAGCAAGAUAGCUUGAAGAGUACUGAUGAUACCCUUAAAUACAUUGAUAGUAUGUCAGAGCAGGAACAUGGAAUUAAAUCCAGAAUCUUGGAUUCCGUUAAAGCUCAUGGCAAAACCCUCAAGAUAUUCCACGAUGAUCAUUCAAGUCAAGCUACAUCAAUCAAACAGAGAGCAGAAGAAACAUUCCAGCAGACAUAUAUGAAUUAUGAGCCGAGUGGGACGACUCCAUUACGAAGCGAACAAGAUGUACCGACCAAGGGGACUAUUGAAUCAUUACGAGCCAUGCCAAUGGAAGCCUUGGUCGAAGAAUUUCGAGAAAACAACUCGUACGAGUCAUUUGAACCAAAGUUGUUAAAGUCAUCAGUAAUACCAACACGCUCUCCCCUUACCGAAAUCAACUAAAAUCCAGUGUGCUCUCUCUUACAUUCAUAAUAUUCUUUUCAAAAAUUAUAUUUGUAUUUUGUAUGAUUAAAGUCACACCUGUCAGUCAUCAUUCGUCAUCAUCAUUGGAUGAUUGUAAGGUUGCAGUCAGUAAAUGGAGGUGAAAGGUGGUAUACUACAAGUUACCAGAGGUAUCACUUGGUAAGAAAAAUGGAAAAAAAGGUAAUAAGUUUUUUUUCUUUCGUUUUAUUGAUUUUUUACAUUCUCUAUCAAGUAAAAAAGCUCGUAUGAAUAAUCCUUUCUUAGGAUUUUGAAGUUUUUGAACCUCUGGAUAGAGUUACGUAAACACCCAAUACCCAGGGUGAAAUUUUAUUAAGCAGCUUUGUAAUGUAUGCCAUUUUUGUAUACUCGAAAUUGAGAAUUCUACUUUUCUGAACUAUAUUUACGUA